AUGUCGGAUACAGCUGUUGAAAAUCAACCAGAUAAAACCAAUGAAAAUGAGCAAAUAUCAUCAAAUAAUGGUGAAAAAACUUCAUCAAAUGAACCAAUGGAUGAACAACAUAUUGAUUCAGCAUUAAAUAAGGUUACAAAUGACAUAUCAUCUACUGAAACAUCAACAAAACCAAAAACUGAUGUUUCAACACUUCCAACACGUGCAUAUCUUGAUCAAACAGUUGUUCCUAUACUUCUCCAAGGUAUGUCACAAAUUGCUCGUGAUCGUCCAGCGAAACCAAUUGAACAAUUAGCUUUAUAUUUACAACAAAAUAAAGAAAAAUAUGGUGAAUAA